CUCACACACUGCGGAUAGGCUCUCUGAUGGCAGCGGUCUGUAAGCACCAGGACACCAGCAGUUAGCAGCUCUGAUUAGGAAUCAUCUGAGCACCAUGGCGUCCGUGGAUGAAGAGCUGACUUGUUCUGUAUGUCGAGACAGCUUCAGCCAGCCCCACCCCCUCCCUUGUGGCCAUAGCUUUUGUCCAGCUUGCAUUCGUGAGGCCUGGAGCGGCCAGAGGGAAGGAAAAGUUUUCACCUGCCCCCAGUGUCAGGAGGAGCAUGGAGAAGUGCUGUGCGACUGCUGCCCACUGCAGGCAGAAGACGGGCGACCACCUCUGGCUGUAAAGACCUGCCUGAGGUGCGAGGUGUCCCUGUGUGCUGGCCACCUUCAACCCCACCUGGAUCGACCGGUGUUCAGCAGCCACCUCUUGGUGGAGCCUGUGGGGGAUCUGUCCCAGAGAAGGUGUCCCGCACAUUCAGAGGUGUUCCGCUACUACUGUGUGGACGAGAGGGUGUAUGUGUGCGCUGACUGUCUGCUGGAGGGGAGCCACGCCCAGCACAAAGUGAAGGCACUGAGACAUGUGGAGGAGGACCUGAAGGUCAUCCUGCAGACGCUGCUCAUCAAAGCAGAAACCAAACUCAAAGAUGGGGAAAGAAUUCUCAAAGAGCAUGAAAACAUUGACUCUGCCAUGGCUGACUCCCUGAAGAAYGACAAUAACCAGGUGGAGCGGCUAGACUCAGACCUGCAGAACCAGGUGACAAAACUUGCCACAGCUCUGAAGGAGAUCACCAAGAGGGAGAGGCAGCAGAUCAUAGAGCGCGUACACGACGACUGCGCCAAAGUACGAGAUGACAUGAGCCAAACAAUAAACAUUCAGCACUACCUGAACCUGCUGCUGGCAGAGAUGGACCCUUUCCUGCUUAUCUGGGCGUUUCAAUCAGACGAUACAAAAUUGUUAGCUGACCUGAACUGCCCCCUUUUCGUUCCCGAUCCCAUCAGUCUGGACAGAAAACACAUCCUGGAAGACAUAGAAAGCAAAUAUCGAGAGUUCAUCACAGCCACGCUCCGUUGCCUCACUGAACUCAAGAGGGAGCUCUUAACCAGCCCUCUGACUCUGGACACAAACUCGGCUCAUCCUCUGUUAAGCAUCUCUGAUGACUUACGCUCAGUUACACGUGUUAAAAGCCGCCUGCCCUGUGCCGCUCAUGCUGAACGCUUCGACCACUGGCCACAGGUCCUCACGGUCCAAACCUUCUCCUCUGGAACUCACUACUGGGAGCUGGAGACUGAGGGAUUCUGGGAUGUUGCUGUCUGCUACCGAAGCAUUGGAAGGAAGGGAAAAGAAGGCAACUCUUUUGGAAACAACAAGGUGUCAUGGAGCUUGACUCAGCAACACGACAAAAAGCUGUCUGCCUGGCACAACCGCAGGAAGACGCGCCUCGCCUGCCAGAUGUCUGGGAGCCGAGUUGCCGUGGCUGUGGACUACAGCUCAGGGAUUAUUACCUUCUCAGAGGUGGGGCCCUCCAACAACCUGAUCCACCUCCAUACUUUCUCUACGAGCUUCACCCACCCGCUGUGCUUGGGCUUUGGACUUUACAAAGCUGAGCUCAAGAGUCGCGUCUCUAUAGUCAAAGAGUGAGGAGGCAGAGAGUCAAACUCUGCUGGACCCUGCUGCUGCUUUGACUUCUGUGACCUUACAAACUAGACCCUUCUUCCUCUCAAACAGAGUUCUCUGAUUUUCUCAUAAAAGAAACUGCUCUUGUAAUUCUGAGGAGGGAAUGACUUCAACAAAACAAAGUGACACAUAAGCACAAGACUCUGAGGCUUAUCACCCACWGCUGUGAAAGGCAGGUGCUUGUGUACUGUAACUUGUAUGUGCGUAUUUGUUUGUCUUGCCUUUCUGUGACUAAAAUAUCUCAUGAACGUCUUGUUCAGUUUGAUUGACACUCUCAGAAAAUAAUCACUGGAUGCAUGUCUGAUUAACGUUUGGAAUCAAGAUGGCCACCUCAGCUAAUCAAACUUAUCAAAUGUAAAAAUAGAAAUAACUCAGUUUGACAGAUAGAUGCGACUGUAGCUGAAUUAUUCAUAACACAGACUCACAAGAUUUUGGUUUAAACUUUGAGUUAACAACUGUUGGCAGAAUAUUUUGUGAAAUGGAUGAAUUUUAAUAAAACUCAGAAAUUUA